UUUUUUCGUGAUAACUGCCACAAUGAAGUUAGUUUCAAAUUAAUUCCGGCUAGGAACGGAUGCGUGUGCGCGGCUCCCAACCAACUACAACGGCGGCUAAUAGCUAAGAUGAUCACUAAGCCAGCAGUGCGGUGAUCUGUAGAAAGAAAAUAUUGUGCAAAGAAUAUCUCUACAAAUAGCUUAUAGAAUUGGCGAAGCGUAAACGAAAAAAAGGCGGAUCUACUAUCUGUACUGUUAUUAGUUUUGAAAAUACAACUGAUUUAUAAAACAAAAAGUUAAUCUUGUUUUGGACACAUUUCAAAGUGUAUAUAUAAAUUAAAAUAUAAUUUCUUUAAAUUGUACAUACAUAUACAUACAUAUGAAUGUAUGUGAGAUAUUGUACAUGUGAACACAGUUAUAUGGUUGUAAUUAAUGCGGUGUUGGAAAAUAGUUUUGUGAUUUUAAUUAUAUUUAUAUAAUUUGAAUUUUUCUAACUUUUAAAUUACUCAAAACAGUUGUUUUAAUUCAGUGCUUUUGGCGAAGUUGUCAACCACACAUUCGCCGAUGUAAUUACUUGUCGAAAGGUGAACGCAUCAGUAUUGCAUGUGCGGCCAUAGGAAACAGUAAAGAUUUCGGAGUUUCGAGUAUUUUAUUUUUAAAAUGUUUUGAGUGCGAAAGUAAAGACCAAAUCGAUAUACAGACGUUUAAAACGAAGAAGUUGUAAAACCAAGACUUUUAAGUUAUUAAAUUUAAUACAUAAAAAAUAAUAAAAUAAAGAAAUAAAAUUAAAAUUUUUAAAGGAAAAACACAAAAUGGUUGAAAAAGUCGCCAAUACACUGUUAGCUCGUGUUAAGCAACUGCAAUGGGGCAAUAUAUUCCAUAUGUACUAUAUCGAACCUAUCGUGUUCAUGCUGGUGUUUGCACACAGUUUAUCCGGUACUAUUUUGCGAAAUCAAAUCAUAUUUCAGGCGUGUACAAAUAUAUUCAAUUACAAUGAGAGCAUUUGCCAAGAAUUGGGAACAAAAAACGCCAGCGAACAGGCCACGAAAAUUGAAACCGAAGUGCAGCCAUACGUUGCGAAUCUGUUUAUGAUUCGCACACUCUUGGAGAGUAUUGUGCCGGCGUUGUGUGGCGUUUUCAUAGGCUCAUGGUCCGAUCAUUACGGCCGCAAGCCCUUGUUGGUUAUCUCAAUGAUAGGUUUCUCCUUCACCUACAUCAUCGCGGCGGUGAUUUGUCAAAUAGCCAUCUAUCAGCCGGUGAAUCCUUGGUACUACGUUUUAGCUGUCGUGCCACAUUCCAUUUUAGGUGGCAACUGCGUGUUUUCUGUGGCGGCUUUUUGUUUCAUAUCCGAUGUUACUGACACCAAAACGAGACCUUACAGAAUGAUUUUCAUGGAAGCAUUUUUCUUCAUUGGCCUUAUGGGCGGUUCCUUGCUCUCGAGUUUCGUUUACGCCGCCACAGGUGCCACAACGACUUUUAUGAUUUCCGGUUUGCUGAUGUGUGGCGCCACGGUUUUCAUCGUAGUUUGUGUACCGGAGAGCCUUCACUUUAGUAAGCAAGCAGAUAACGUCGACAAUGCCAAAUGCAAAAGUUUCAAUGGCUGCUGUGAGAAAGUUGAGAAAACGAAUGUUGGUGGAAAACAAAUUGAAAAUAUAGCCAUAGAUAAACUGGAAACCAAAAAGAUACCAAAAGGAAAUGAAUUUAUAAUAAAUGCCGAGGGCAAAGUUGUUGAAAUGUCGGCAACGGAUGAACAAAGAAAUGUCGCAAAAAAAGAAACGGAAACGAAAGAAAAGGACUUAAGUGCAUGCGAAAAAGCAAGGGAGGCAAAUGGCGAAACUCCAACGAAUUGCAAAGCGAAAAGGGAUGAGAAAACUAAAAAGCCGGGACUUUUCAGUUACGUGCACAUCAAGGACAUGUUGGUUACUUGUUUCAAAUCUCGGCCGUAUUAUGAUCGCAGUAUUAUUUGGCUAGUAACUGGCACGAUGUUCCUAUCGAUAUUUGUAUUAGAUGGUGCGAUGACGGUGUUCUAUUUGUUUGUGCGUGAAAAAUUCCAUUGGACCGUGCGAGAUUUCACGUUUUAUGAAACCGUUAGUCAUAUGGUGCCAAUGUUUGGCGCUUUAGUCGGCUUUUUGGUACUGCGAAAGGUUUUCAGCAUGUCCGUGGUCACUUUGGCAUUACUUUCGUUCUUUAGUGAUGUUAUAAGCAGCAUUGUUAGAGGCGUGGCCUCAGAAGCUUGGCACUUGUAUUUAGCUAUUGCUUUGGGCGCGUUUAAGUCGGUUGGAGGACCAAUGUGUCGCACCAUUGUUUCUAAUAUAGUGCCACCAACGGAUUUGGGUAAAAUAUUUUCCAUAAAAAAUGUGCUACAAUCGAUUGCACCUUUCUUGGCCGCGCCUCUCUACACCGUCAUCUAUAAGGAGUCGCUGCAGACAUUUCCCGGUUUGUUUAAUAUUGUGAGCGCUGCAUUAUACGCAAUUGCCUUCAUCUUUCUAAUCAUUGUGUUGCGGUUCAAAUAUUCUCACAAAGAACAUUAUGCGAUGAUUUUAAAGUGAUAUAACCUAUAAAUGCUACCUCUACCGAUCUUCCAUGCGAAUUAAAUAAUGUGAUAUUUGUUUAUAGCACUAAGUAAAUUGAUUAAUCUAAAUAAAAAUAAUUAUUUUUAAUUA